ACCCCUUUGCUCCGCGUCUGUGUAUAUAAAAGCUCAUCGUCUCACUUUCUCUCUCCGCGUUCCACUUACUUGCCUCUCGUGCUUCUCCGCCUCACCAGUUUCGCCGAGAAAGUUCGAUUUCUAUCGAAAAUUUGGAAUGGGAGUGAAAGUAGCAUACACUUCGCCCUUCCUUCAAUGGGCGGCUCAUUCUUCAUCUCCUUCAAAACGACGUCACAACGCACCGUUUCCAUCCUGUCAGAGACUGAACCGCUCAGCUCUCUUCGGAACUCCUACAAAGCUCCAUCGCUCCAAGUCCUGCGAGCUUUGGCAACCGCCCACCCCGACAAGGACUCAUUCCAUUCGCAGAGUCUCUACCGCAAGCCUAGAUCCCUUCUCCGACGAAGAGUUCUCCAAAAAGAUCCAAGAGCUCACUCUCAGGUUCCACGACGAGAGAGAACAACAACAACAACCGCCAUGGCACGAGAUCGAGAUGAAAGCGAACAGCGUCGACCUUCCUCUCUCGAUUCGUAUAAUAAAGAAGAAGCGAAAAUGGGAGGAAGGAGUCAAGAAGAGCAAGGCCUUCUCCUCGAUGAGCAAGGCCUUCUCCUCGAUGGUGUUCAUGAUCCGAGAGCUCCAGAGCUUCACGCUGCAUAUGAGAGAGGUUCUCUUCUACGAAGACUUGCAAGGGAUCUUGCUUAGAGUUAGAGAAGAGAUGCACGCUUCCUUCGUUUGGCUGUUCCAGCAAGUCUUCUCCGCCACGCCUACUUUGAUGGUUUAUGUAAUGAUACUCCUCGCGAACUUCACUGUUUAUUCUAUCAGUAGCAACUCUGCUUUAGCCGCAGCCACCGCUCCUCCUCAGAUCACCACCGUGACAGAGCUCACAACCGAUUCGUCCGUUGUCAAAACGUUCUUUGUAUCGUCUCCCAACGGGAACACAGCUUCCGUCGGCGGCAACAACAAUGGCGGCGGCGGGAACGUCCGGCCGGUGUUAAACGGAGCAGAUGGUGAUGAUGGAUCAGAACAGUUUAAGACAAUCAUACCCGAAGGAGUCUCGUCAACGCUCGGGUCAACGACAACAGAGUCAGAGGAGACAUCAGUGUCGGGACAAGACGAACUCAGGCUGUGGAAUUCAGUUGUGGAGGAAGCAGAGGAAAUGCAUUUUUCAAAUACAGACAGUGCACUGUUGGAUCACGAGACGAGGAAGCGGUUCGUGUCUCCUUUGGAUGCUCGAGUGGAAGAAGCGGAUGGGGAAAUUGAUUACUUCAGAACAGAGCUUCUAUACCAAACAGGACUGUCUCAAGAGCCUAAUAAUCCUCUGCUUCUCGCUAACUAUGCUCAGUUCCUUUACAUCGUCUCUAAUGACUAUGACAGAGCAGAAGAGUUCUUCAAGAGAGCGGUAGGAGUGGAACCGAAAGACGCAGAGGCCCUGAGCAAAUACGCCACGUUCUUAUGGAGAGCACGGGACGAUCUUUGGGCUGCUGAGGAGACUUUCUUGGAAGCAAUCGAUGCCGAUCCCACCAACUCUUUCUAUGCCGCUAAUUACGCUAAUUUUCUAUGGAACACUGGCGGUGAUGAGACGUGUUUCCCUCUCGACGAGUCUCAGGAAGACACCAUAUAGUUAAGACCGUCCAUCAUCACGUCUCUCUAAGUAAACAUUCUAUACCAACUAAUAAAUAUAAAUAUGUGCAUAUUAAUGAUGUAUAUGCGUCUUUAUUAUAGUCACGUUGGUGAAAAGCGUUAAAUCCUUAUGGUUGCAAUUGGUCUAGUGAAAAAGACGAAAAUAUUCCAUCAUCA